AAUUUUUUUUAUGGUUUAAAUCUUCUUCUAGUUUUCAUAUUUUUUGGUUUUUUUUUUCUCAAUUGGGUUCAUAUAUUUAUAAAAUUGAAUCAAAUAAGUCAUUUCCAUUAACUUUUCCGUGAUGGCGUUUGCAUAUGCAGAAAUGUAAUUUAUUUUAGAUCACGUGGCAUUGUGUAUUAAAUUGAAUGAUUUAUAUGUUGUAUAAUCAAACAUUCCACGUGGGGAGAAAUAAAUUUUUUAAGUUGGUAGCCCUAAUAUUUAAAGGAACUCCUAACAUCCAAAGUCUUAUACAUUUUCGUGUUAGGGAAGAAGAGUUUUCGAAGCACUGUUCAGCUUACGAAAUGUCUGGUUCAUCUUCUUCUUGCAAAUGCUUGGGUUGGGGCUUUCAACAGAGUUCUGGUAGUGGGAGCAAGUUUGGUGAAAAACUCGCUUGCUUUUGUGCUCAUAAUGUAGUCUUCCUCAUUGCGAGAACCCUUAAAAACAAGGGCAAAAAGUUCUGGAGUUGUCUUAACUUCAAGGGUGAGAAUAAAGAUUUGGUUGGCUGCAACUUCUUUCAGUGGCAUAGUAAAGAAGGAAUUCAUGAACGAAAUGUGGUGAAUCUAGAAGAAAGGAGUGCAAGUGCAAGAAACGAAGAAGUGGAUGAAAGUUUGAGGAAGAUGGAACAAAGUGUGAUGAAGAUGGAAAAAACAGAUGUUGAAAAGCUGAAAAUAGCUUGUUAAGAGAGAAAAUGUUGUUAAUUUGGAAAAGUUGUUGAAAGUAUUUAUGUGGAUGGUCUUUGUUACAUGUAUUUGUAAUGUAAUUGUAAUAUCAAUGUUGAUUAAACUAGAUGCUAGUGCAAGUUUAUAUAAUGUAAUUUGUUAU